AUGAGGUCGACUGUGCUUCUCUCCACCUUGAUCCCCAGUGCACUGGGCACGACAAUCUAUCUAGCUGGUGAUUCUACAAUGGCAAAGGGUGGCACUGGAUCAGGAACUGCUGGUUGGGGUGAAUACGUGGCUCCCUAUACUCCAGCCGAUGUAUCCAACCAAGCCGUAGCUGGCCGGAGUGCUCGGUCCUACACACGCGAGGGCCGAUUCGACACCAUCGCAGCCGAAGUCCAAUCGGGAGACUGGGUGAUCAUUGAAUUCGGACACAAUGACGGCGGCUCCCUUUCCACGACUGACAACGGCCGCACUGACUGCUCUGGUACGGGAGAUGAGACCUGUACCACGACGUACGACGGGGUGACGGAAACCGUGCUGACGUUCCCAAAAUACCUGGAGAACGCAGCAAACACGUUCACGGCUAAAGGGGCGAAUGUGUUGAUCUCCAGCCAGACGCCUAACAAUCCAUGGGAGACGGGGACUUUCACAUAUAGCCCGUCGCGGUUCGUUGGGUACGCAGAGCUGGCUGCCGAAGUGGCUGGCGUGUAUUAUGUGGACCAUGGAGCGUAUGUGGCCAAUAUCUUCGAGUCUCUCGGGGCAGACCUUGUUGAUUCAUAUUUCCCGCUCGACCAUACCCAUACAAGCCCGAAAGGGGCAUUGGUGGUAGCCCAUGGAUUCUUCAAGGCCGUGCUCUGUGGAGAUAUUCCGCUGAUGGACUUGGUGAACUCGACAACGUUCCUGGGAGAAUGCCUAUGA